GUUUGUAGGUGUGUGGCUAGCGAUAAUCCUACUGAACGACAUUUACUUCCUCUUAACAAGAUGAAUAAACCAUUGACCUUCAAUAAUAUUGUAACACUGGGCCUCAGCCGUCAUCUUGGAGCAGAGAAACAGCAAGUUGAGAGCCAUUAUGUCACUUGUACGAUGAAGGAUCCGAAGACAAGUGUGCUCUGUCUUCUCGGGCAACAAGUCAUAAAUUCGCGCUCACUGGAGUAUGACCCUGACUACUUUCCCCGAUUCACAGCGCGUCAAUAUGCAGAAGCGCCUUACUCCCUUGAGGAGUCAGGACCUCUUAUUCCCAUUCGAAGGGCUCGAGGGAAACCUCAGUACAUCACCGGUGGAAUCCGUUACUGAAUACUUCCAUCUGUUCUCUUCAACUAUUCGGGGUGCUGUUUUCCAGCUGACCGGGCAUGUAUCAUUCUGCAACACAGUGCG